CCUCGGAGAAAAUGACGUACUGAACCUACCCUCUUCUGGACCCGGUUUUUCUCGUUCUUUCCUUGUUUUUCUUUGAAAAAUUGGAGGCUAUGAGAUGACUGAAGCACUAAACCAAGGCGCAAAAAAUGCUAAAAACACUUUGAAAAUGCCACUGAUUUUUGCUGGGGCAAUACACUCUGGGACCCAUUUUGUAGAUUUUGAUUGAUGUGUAUUUUCUGAAGAAGCUUCUGUGAGUUGAAAAAUUUCACGCUGUGGUUCUUUAUUUCCUAAAGGGUAUCGAGAAAAGUUGUUACUCUAUAUAUAUAUGUAUGUAUAUGUUGCAUACAAUACAACUUACUAGAGAGCCUCUGCUACUAGCUUGUUCAUGGUCAUGGCUUCCUCCAAGUUAACAGCUUCCUUCGGUGUGCUUGUGCUGCUACCAAUUGCUGCUUUAGGAUACCCUUGGAAUCCUUUUAAUGUGAAGAUGUGUGAUGUGGUGAACUGUGGAAAAGGGACCUGUGUAGAGAACUCGAACUCCCCUUUCGACUUUGUCUGCGAGUGCGAUGCCGGUUGGAAGAGGACGCGCCUGGCCAAUGAAGACAAUCUCAAGUUCCUCCCUUGUGUCAUUCCCAACUGUUCGCUUGAUUACUCUUGCAUGCCGGCUCCUCCGCCGCUCCCGCCGGUCCCAUACAACGUGUCUUUCUUUGACCCUUGCUACUGGACCUAUUGCGGGGGAGGAACAUGCACAAAUUCAACAUCAUACGAUCAUAUAUGUCAGUGCAGUCCCGGAUACAGCAAUCUGAUGAACAUCAGCGUUUACCCUUGCUUCAGCGAUUGUGCUAUUGGAGCCGAUUGCGCCAAGCUCGGAGUCAAAGUGUCCAGCUUGACCAGCACACAAGGUUCUUCCUCAGAUGGCGGGAGUCACGCUCGCUCAUUCCCGCCUGGGACGAUUAUUUGGAUGGCCAUCCUCGCCACAUCUCUGGCUUUGGUCCUGAAGAAGUAGAAGGGGGAUGUACAGGGUCUAUCUAUAUCUCUUACCUGGUUCAUACUCCUAGUACACGUGGUUUUGGGAAGACACAGUUGUUAUUGCUGAUGAUGUAUUCUCUUUAUUAGUUUCAUUUUACAUGGUGUAAAAAGUUUUUCGUGUAUUAAUAAGAUACAGGAGCAGGUGUAACAUUAUCGAUGUAUAAUAGACAGCGUACACAUUUUUGACUACCAAGGCGAAGGCGUAAUUCUA